UUCGCACCUCCGACCCCUCAUUCUCCUCUUUCCUAUCAUAAUCUUCAUAAUCUCCAUAAUCUCCUAGCUCCUUGAGAUUCAUAACUACCCCUACGAUCAUCGUUAUUCUUCCCCCGUCACGAUGCCAAGCAAGGGAGUUCAGUGCUACUCGUACAUCGCCGUCCCAGGCUGCGAGAUCGUGUUCUCUGUCCCAGGGACCAACCUCCCCAAGGCUCAGCUCAGAGUUUUCUCCAGCGACCACUUGGAAGUCGACAAGAAGAAUAUCAAAGGGCCUUUCAACUUCUCCGGCAUCUUUUCGUUCAGAGUCACUCAGAAUGGAAACCAAAUCACCUUCCAAGAUGUCGGGAUCAACGUUCUCACCGGCGAUAAUGAAUCUGGGUCAAUGAAGACCAUGGGAAACCAGACCUCGGUCGUCACGAACGAUGUGGUCGUCACCUACGGCUUCUACGAUGCUGGACCAGGCACAGCAGGUCUUCCAAGCAGCGAUCAAUGUUGGGUCACUGUGACCCCAAAUUACUCCAACUGGCAAAGUCAAGUAGCACCACUGGGUUCCCGACAAGGCGCCAAACCCUUCUCCAAGUUCUUCCUCCCAGCAGUCCACGACGUGGGAAUGAACAGCAUGCAAAACUCGAAUGCAGUUAUCAACAGCAGCGCACUCGUCGAUGUGUUGGUACAAUUGAGCCCCGUCUUCGGCAAGAUCGCCGGGAUGAUGAGCCACGAUGCAGUGAUGGCCAUCGCCCCGAACAUCGUCCAAGGACUCGCCAUCACCCAAAAGGACACCCUACCAACAAUGCUCAGCAUUGGAGCACGCUACUUCGAGUUCCGUCCAGCUUUCUUGCACAAGGUCAUCCGCCCAAACCAUCCAAUCCCAGAUGAACUAUAUUUCUCCCACUCAGCAAUUCCUGGCAUGGCAUAUGCUCAGUUCUUGCACGACGUGGUUAAUUUUCUUGUCGCCCACCCUGCAGAAAUCGUCGUCACUCAACUCCGCUGGGAUGGUGUACCGGCAGACUGCGCUCGCCCAAGCGAUGUAGACCUCACCAACUAUCUGAACAGCGCCCUUGCAGAUUCGCAUGGCUCUGUUGUAGCUGGUAAUGAAGACGAUAUGAGAAAUCUCACUAUCGAUCAACUCCGGGAGCAACGUAAAAGACUCAUACUCUUCGCUAACUCGGAUUCUUUCAGCACUUAUACUGACCCUGGAAACGCCACGCUGAACGGCGACAGCAUCGUUGCUGAAUUUGAGCAAAUAUCCCCUCAAUCCCAAGCUGGGAAGCCAUUUACCAAUCUCCAAUGCCAGGCUACAGCAACGAAUAUUCGAGAUGCGGUUGUGUACAGUGUUCUCGCUGCAGGCGCAGACAGCAGCUGCUUGAUGGCCACGAAGCCGAUCUGUGAUUCGAAAACUUUGCCCUGGAUUACGGCAAAUGCUGGGAGGUUGGUUGAUGGGGAGUUGGUCGUGGCUAUGAAUGAUUUCUUUGAUGGAGCAACGGCGGAUGUUGCAAUCGAGUGGAGUCGACGGAGAUUGGCCUGAAGAUGUACUUGGGGAACGGAGCCAUAUUGAGGAUUUAGAGGCUUUGAUAUGUGGAUUAAAAUGAAAAGUUUGCAGAAACGGGUAGCAUAAUUUCAAUAACACAAGUUCUGCUUUAUGACAGGA